AAAAAAAAAAGACUCACCACCCAUUCUAUACUGACCAGAAUGCAUCUCACCAACACUGCCGAUACAACCGUACAUGCACACCAACAUACACAGACACAGCCUGAAGUAGGAGUGAAAUCAUCAAAGGGGACUAAACCUCUCAGGAAUCCUUGCAAUCUCUGUCAGUCUGUCCGAGCUAUCCUCAAACGACCAAAGACAGGUCAGCAACUCUGCAAAGAAUGUUUCUACCAUGUUUUCGAGACAGAAAUCCAUAAUACCAUUGUCGACAACAAACUCUUCAAAAAAGGUGACAGAGUAGCUAUCGGUGCAAGUGGUGGCAAAGACUCCACGGUCCUGGCAUAUGUCAUGAAGCUUUUGAAUGAUCGAUACAACUAUGGCUUGGAUCUAGUACUACUAUCAAUAGACGAAGGAAUUACUGGAUACAGAGACGAUUCACUGGAAACUGUCAAAAGGAAUAGAGACCAGUAUCAGAUCCCCCUUUUGAUAAUCAGCUAUAAAGAUCUCUAUGGAUGGAGCAUGGAUGAUAUUGUCAAAGAGAUUGGGCGUAAGAACAACUGCACAUUCUGCGGAGUAUUCCGUCGUCAAGCAUUGGAUCGCGGCGCCAUUAUGCUCAACGUGGACCAUAUCGUCACUGGCCACAAUGCAGACGAUAUUGCCGAGACUGUCUUGAUGAACAUUCUUCGAGGUGAUCUGCCGCGUCUCCAACGGUGCACAUCUAUCAUUACUAAUGACACAUCUGAUGAUGCUUCUGGCAUUGAAACUUCUAAAAUCCUACGCUCAAAGCCAUUCAAAUACACAUAUGAAAAGGAGAUUGUCAUGUAUGCCUACUUUAAAAAACUGGAUUAUUUCUCAACAGAGUGCAUUUACUCACCCAAUGCCUAUCGUGGCUAUGCCCGUGUGUUUUUGAAGGAAUUGGAGGCCAUCCGUCGUACUGCUAUCGUUGACAUUAUCCAUUCAGGCGAAGCGCUUUCAGCUUCGGUACAGGCUAAUGAAUCAACAAAGCUGCCGACUAUGACAAAUUGUACACGGUGUGGAUAUAUUUCUUCCAAUGAACUUUGUAAAGCAUGUCUUCUCCUUGAAGGUCUGAACAAAGGGUUGCCACAGCUCGGUAUUGGACAUACAACGAAGAUCCGAAGAAUUCAUGAAGCUGCUGCUAAUGUGGCUGAGGGGUUAUCAUUAUCAUCGACCUCAUUAUUGUCACCAACAACAGCAUUAUCAGGAAAUGGAGCUGAAUCUGCUACUGUUGUCACCGCUGUAGCUUCAUCAUCAACAUCAUCAACGUUAGAGGAAAGAGGCAAGACUGUAACCCAUAUCAAGGAUCUCGCUAGACUUGAAACCAUGCCUUCUCUACAAACUACAUCAUGAAACAUCUUGCUGAUAUAGAAAGUAAAAAUAGCAGAGGAAAUCAAUAAAAUUUGUUUCUUAU